AUGUCACGCCUCGUGAAACUAACUGACUCGCAGUACGAGAUGCUGUGCGAUUGGCUGGAGACGCACGACAUCCAUCUGGAUCGUCACACUAGGAAUCAAUUUCGCGACGCCCUGGCCAUUGCCCGUGUCAUUGAGCGGAUGCAUCCCGAGGCUGUGGCUCUGCACAGCUACAGGCCGCGCACCGGUGUGGCCAGGCUGAUUGACAACUGGCAGAUAUUCAAUGCCCGUGUCCUGACUAAACUCAAUAUGGGCAUCACACGCUUGGAUAUGCAGCGACUGGCCACGGGCAACGAAGAUGCCUUAGAGUCGCUCCUCUAUGGCCUAAUGGUCGCCGACUACAGCCUGCUGAAGCGUUAG